UGAAUGUUAAAUUCAUGAUAGAUCAUAAUUAAAUAAGUUUUCUCAAUAAACAACUCUUAUACACAAAUGAUACUCUGAUAUGCUGUAAACGCCUUGUGAUUGUCUAUAUAGCAUAUAUAAUACACCUUGUUAUUUUAUUUGUGGAAGUAGCAAACAUGCAAAUCACUACUGAUGCUCUUAGUACAUGCUGCCCACGUUCUUUGUCAUGCUUCCUAUAAUAAGUAGCUCAAUCCCUGGAUUCAGCCUCGGAAUAUCUGCCCUCAAACACCAUGGUUCUCCCAGCUUCACAUAUUGUGCUUCCAACUGCAGGCACCACCCAGGGAACGGUUGAAAUUUGUGAUGAGCUACACAUCUUUUCUACUGCUGAACACUUCCAUGAGAUCAAACUCAUGUCGAUUGAAGAAUCUGAGCUGCCAGCCAAAAAGGAGAAUCCGCAGAAGGAGAAGCAGAUUUCGGUGGAUCCCAUAUCUUUGAGAGAAUCAUCAAGGAGAGAGGCUAGUUUCAAUUUAAUAUUGUCGCCUAUUGUCACUCCUCCAGAUGGACCACCGCCUCUACCACUCUUGAAACCACCACUUAUAAGUUGCAGUCUUCCCAACUCGGCCUGCUCGUCUCCUCGAUUCAGCUUCGCUUUGUUGAAGAAGAAAUGGAAGAAUGAAAGCCAAGCAUCACCUCGUCAAAUUGACCGUCUGGCCUAUCAACAUUCUGCAGCAUACCCUCAUCUCUCUCAGCAGGAAGUUAAUUUGAGGAGAAGCAAGUCUUGUGCAGAAGGAAGAAUUUCUGGACCAGCUGAUGAACUUGAUCUUUGGUUCAGCAAAUCGAAUGUCGAAAAAUAUGAAACCAGGCAUCAGGCAAACUUCUCCGAACCUGAGGCCAACAAAGAUGAUCACAAGGAUGGUAAGAAAGUGGAUCCUAAUGAUGAUGGAUUUAAAUGUGGUGCCCUUUGCAUGUACCUUCCAGGCUUUGGCAAGGGAAAACCAGUGAGAUCAAAGAAAGAACAAGUGGGAGCAGAGGUCGGAAACAUAAUAUCCAGGACAGUUUCUCUGGAAAAAUUUGAAUGUGGUUCAUGGGCUUCAUCAGCUAUCAUAAAUGACCAUGAAGAUGGAGACUCCAUGAAUCGUUACUUUGAUUUACCACUGGAGCUGAUCCGAACUAGUGUGAAUGAUGCAACUUCUCCAGUUGCUGCUGCAUUUGUCUUUGACAAGGAUCAUAAAGGGGUUCUCAAGAACAGUUCAACAAAAGCAACAAACAGAAAGUCCCAUGAAUCUCCACGCCAUGUUCGGUUUUCAUCUCCCACAUCUUACCCUGCCUCGCCGGCUGCUUGCAUUACGCCUCGCCUGCGCAAGGCAAGGGAGGACUUCAAUGCCUUCUUGGAAGCCCAGAGCGCAUGACUCAACAUCAACAUCAACAACAACAGCUUAGGCUUAAUCCCAAACUAGUUGGAUCUUUUUUCGGCACUCAGUUUUAAUAAACCCCAAAAUGCAUGACUCGUUCUCACUUUUUUUUAUUAUUGCUGGUAUCAUGUACUUCGUUUCUUGCUACUGUGCACACAAGCAUACAACACUUGAAUAUCCUGCCUAAAUGUUCAAGCCAAGACAAGAACAAAAGUUGAAGAAGAUGAUUUUCUUGUCUAAUUUUAGGAUGACUCGCUUGAUAUUGGUCAGGCUGUUUUCCAAUUUCUAUGACCAAUGCCUGUAUGAAAUUUUCCACAUCAAUCAUUGGUUGAUUUUUGCACUAUGAUGUGCUUCGGUUA